GGAGCUGCUCCCAGCCCUCCUUGAUUAGGCUGUGUCAGGGUUGUCAGGGCAACUGUUAACGGCAGCAUCUCCUAUUUUUCCCUCUGUGCUGUGUGUGCUGAAUAUUUUACUGUGCGGUAGCAGGAAAAGAAGAUUGGGAAAAGGUGCCGCAGCAGGAAGGAGAAGCUGGGAUCUGAUCGAGCAGCAGCGGUAUGCCUGGAUCAGCUACAGCUUUCCGACAAGAGAGACUGAAGAAGACCAAUGCAAGGCCAGUCCCCCUUGGUUUAUUCACCAUUAAUGAGGAAGAUGAACAGCAAAAGAAUGGAAAUUCCAGAAGACCAAAAGCGCCUGAUGGCAACAAAGUGCAAGAUAAGAAAACCGCGGCCUCCAACCGGCCUUCUUCUGCUAUUUCAGGACAAAAUAGCAACCACACAGGAAAUAAACCAGACCCUCCACCAGUGCUGCGCGUUGAUGACCGGCAGCGGCUGGCGAGGGAGCGACGUGAGGAGCGGGAGAAGCAGCUAGCUGCAAGAGAAAUAAUCUGGUUAGAGAGAGAAGAGCGGGCCAGGCAGCACUACGAAAAGCACCUGGAGGAGAGGAAGAAGAAGUUAGAAGAGCAGAGGCUGAAGGAGGAACGUAGGAGAGCUGCUGUGGAGGAGAAGCGAAGGCAGAGGCUCGAGGAGGACAAGGAACGCCAUGAAGCCGUUGUACGACGUACAAUGGAAAGGAGCCAGAAGCCAAAACAGAAGCAUAACCGGUGGUCAUGGGGAGGUCCUCUCCACGGGAGCCCCAGUAUCCACAGCGCAGAUCCAGACAGGCGGUCAGUUUCCACCAUGAAUCUUUCGAAACAUGUUGAUCCCGUCAUUAGCAAGCGGCUCUCCUCUUCAUCUGCAACUUUACUAAAUUCUCCAGAUAGAGCUCGCCGCCUGCAGCUCAGCCCAUGGGAGAGCAGCGUGGUUAACAGAUUGCUGACGCCCACACAUUCGUUCCUGGCCAGAAGUAAAAGCACAGCUGCCUUGUCUGGAGAUACAGUUAUCCCCAUGUGUCCUCGUUCAGCAUCUUGCAGCCCCAUCAACAUCAUGCCCUACAAAGCUGCACACUCUAGAAAUCCGAUGGAGCGACCAAAAUUCUUUGUAACACCACCGGAGGGCUCCACGCGAAGGAGGACUGUUCACGGCACAGCGGGCUAUAAAAGAGAGAGGGAGAGAGAAAACAUACCCUUCCACCUCACACCCGGCAUCCGAAGGGCUCUAUCUCCAUCUCAUCCCAAAGCCAGAUCACCAGCUUCCUCCCGACUUUGGCUCCCAUCCAAGUCCUUUCCCCAUUUGCCUGGCACCCCCAGACCAGCAUCCUCCAUGCAUCCUGGACCAGUCAAACCUGCCCCUGCUCAGGUCCGGCCCCCCUCGCCCGGCAACAUCCGCCCCAUCAAGAGAGAAGUCAGAGUGGAACCUGAGAGAAAAGACCCUGAGAAGGAACCUCAGAAAGUUGCCAGUGAGCCCUCACUAAAGGGCAGGGCACUUUUGGUGAAGGUAGAAGAAGCCACAGUUGAAGAGGGGACACCUGUCGAACCAGAGGUUGCUCCUGCUGCUCCGGAGGCAGCCUCAGCGCCAGCCUCCGCUCCAGCCUCCGCUCCAGCCUCCACUCCGGCCCCGUCAUCCACUGUGACUGCCAGUGCUUCUCUGAAGACCUCUGCGGGCACCACUGACCCAGAAGAGGCCACGAGGCUGCUAGCUGAGAAGAGGCGGCUGGCCCGAGAGCAGAGGGAGAAGGAGGAAAGGGAGAAGAGGGAGAUGGAAGAGCUCGAAAGACAAAAGCGAGAAGAAUUGGCCCAAAGGGUGGCUGAAGAGAGAACCCGCCGAGAGGAGGAGGCCCGCCAGCUGGAAGCUCAGCAAGCCAGGGAGAGGGAAGAGCAGCUGCGGCGGCAGGAGGAGGGGCGGGUCCGGCGCGAGCGGGAGGAGAUGGAGCGCAUCCAGAAACAGAAAGAAGAAGAAGCUCGUGUUCGGGAAGAAGCAGAGAGGGUCCGGCAGGAACGGGAGAAGCAUUUCCAGAGAGAAGAGCAGGAGCGCCUGGAGAGGAAGAAGCGACUUGAGGAGAUAAUGAAAAGAACCAGAAGAACAGAAGCUUCAGAUAAGAAAACGGUUGAUCAGAGAAAUGGAGAUAUAACCAAGGGAGCGCUCAUUAGAGGAGCAGCGGUGUCUGCACUUCCAAAUAUGACAAACUCUCCAGGACAAGGAGAACCAGUAGCCAGCCCCCAUGUGGUUACCUCACCCCAAUCAGAAGUGACUGUGGAGAGUACUCCCAAUUUGGAAAAACAACCAAAUGAAAAUGGAAUAUCAGUUCAGAAUGAAAAUUUUGAAGAAAUUAUAAAUUUACCCGUUGGAUCUAAACCACCCAGAUUAGAUGUCACCAACAGCGAGAGUCCAGACAUUCCUUUGAAUCCUAUUUUGGCCUUUGGUGAUGAAGGGACACUUGGGCCCCUGCCUCAGGUAGAUGGUGUUCAAACACAACAGACAGCAGAAGUUAUAUGAGCAUUUCUUCUGAAGAACCAAAGCAGAAAUUUAAUAAGAAUUUCUACAAUUAAUGGAAUUCCUUCCAUGCUACAAAGGAGCAUCUCCCCUUCCUCCAGUUUUCUAAAGAUUUCUUGACCAUCAUUUUGAAAAGACUUUAUUAAAACCAGCUAAAGACAAUAGACUGGAUAGCUUUUCUAAUAAUUUUCGCCAAUAGAGAAAAAGAAAUCCUCCCUUGUUCUUCAGUACUUUAAAAUGGCUUUUUCCAGUGUGCUCCUUCUUAGGAAAUCAGUAUUUUUCUGCAUUCUCUAAAAGAUGAGAGCAUUUGGCUGUAAAAGAAAUGGGCCGAGUAGGCAUGAUUUUUCACAUAGAUAUUUUGGACUUUAAAAGCUAACAUGUAAAAUUGGCACAAAAAUUUUUACCUUUUACAGUGUAAUACUUGAAAUAUGAGUACCUCUUGGUUCAACAAGUAGAGUGAAUAGGAGAGAUGUUUAAAUGAAGCCUGUUUGUUUAAAUAUUAUUUAAUAGAGCGAAGAGCUCUAUUUGUAGAGGCAGAUUACCAGGUUCUUGUAAAUGCAGCUUGUACAUGGACAUUCUGCAAACCCCACUGUCCCGUUCUUCUUGCAUCUCCUUUUGCAAAACAUACUCAACAAUUUUAAAAUGUGAAAAAAAAAAACAUUAUUUUUUCAGAGCAAGAAAAUAAUUUACUGUCCUCUUAAAUAAUGUAUUUAUAAAGUUUUUUCAGAUAAACUAAUCAAAUAAAUUAGAACAAUGUGACAACAUUGCAGAAUUUGAUUUAUGAGAUGCAUUCCUUAUGUUACCAUGAGAGAAUGUUGUUGAUGAUUCAGGGCUAUUUCUGAAGUCUGUUUAUUGCUGCUGUCCCCAGUGAUGAUGGGACUUACCUUUGCCUUACCUGAUCACAAAUUAUUUGGAGGUGGGGGAGAAUAAAGAUUUAAUAUUUCUUUAAAUAAAAAAGAGAAUUUGGUUUUGCUCGUUUAAGAGCAAUGAAAAAAUGAUGGCAUGUGGACUGCGUUUGGCACCCAGGACACUGCAGGAUGAGACCUUCAUGAAGGUCCUUGUUCUGCGGGGCACCCAUCAGCUUUCACCCUUCAUCCUUCUUCGCUUUCGCUGCUGAGCUUGGCUGUACAGACUUGCACUUUCAUUUGAUCAUAUAAAUUCAAUUUUAUUUUACCAUUUGAGAGACUACUAAUAACUAAAUACUGAAGGAGAGAGAACACUGAGGGAACGCAUUUUUUUAUUAUGGAGUGUUUAAAAAAGGUAAACUUCUGCCCCUAGAAUGUGUUUUUAUUAAAAGUGGGAUUGAUUAGAUUGAAUGAGGGGCUGUUCAUUUAUUGGACCAUUUCCUUAAAAUCCAAGCAUACCGUCUUUAGUAACAGCUGUAAUUUGUUAAAAACAUUAAUUUGGGGUUUUUCCCUAUUCUCAGUUGUCCAUGUACACAUAGUCAUAUUAAAAGAAAAAUCUGUUCAACCAAAUUGUUUUUUUUUUUUAAUCGACCUAGCAUGAAACACCAAAUAAAAUGUGUUUAACAUAUUUUUACUUUUAGGUUUCUCAUAUGUUAUAACUUCACUUAGGUUGAUUCUUGAGUUUUCAAAUUGUUCUUCAUUUAACCUCAACCAGCUUCCUCUGAACAGGCAUACAGAAUAGGUUGAUUUCAAAUUUAGAGCAGGAGUUCUGUUUUGGCUAGGUUUUCCUUUUUUCAUUUAUAUUUAACUUAAGCAAUCAUUAGCAAACUGAAUGCCUCUACGUAAUCAAGUUUUAAUUAGAAGUGGUAGAAAAUUGUUAACUCUGUUUUGUUAACUACACUGCCAGAGGAUGACCUUGACCUUUACAAUGGCUAGAAUGCUUUCUGUCCAGCCCUUGAAGAUCAGUAUUCACCUGCUGAUCUUAAAGAGAUCCUCAGUAGGCACUACAUUAAAGGAAGGUCUCAGGGAUCAAAUAUGACCCUCUCCACGGAAUGAGGGUGCAUGGGCUUUUAGUUUCCUUUUCCACAACAUUGCAGUCUGUUUUAGGCCAAUUUAAUCACCAGUCACAAGUUCAUUUGGUAGAUACCUUCCAGUAAAAGCUGGCAGCUAAGGCUAUAUGUUUCCUCCUGCAUAACAUCACUACCUGGUGGUAUAUUAUGAUAAAAGCAAAUCUAAAACAGAGUUUUAAGGGGAGAAUGAGGGAAUAAGGAGGCUGAGGAGGCUCUCAGUAGAGCCAGAGAGGUGAAAAACUACAGAAAGCUGGAAGAGAGGCGCUGGUCCAUGAGAAACUCAUCUGGGUUUGUUGUCUUAUCAAAGUUGGGCUCCUACCGUCUUGCAGAGGGUGGGAGAUGGGGCCCUGUCUUCAGGUGUUGGCUGGAACAGUGUUUCUCAUCCCUGCCUUUGCUCAUGCUGUUCCCUCUGCUAAUAAUACUCUCCACUUCAUAUGAAUGUUUGGAGGAUUCCAUGAGGUCUAGCAUAUAAAGAUCUUAGCACCAUGCUUAACCCAUAGUAAGCAUUCCGUAUUUAUUAACUAAAUAAAAAGACUCAUCCUUCAAUAUUCAGCUUGUGUUUCUCCCUCCAAGAAACCUACUUUCCUCCCAGAGUCUCACUCUAGGUUAGGUUCCCUUCCUCUUUUCUAAUGCUAACUCUCUGAAUAUGCCUCUAUCAUUGUGCUUGCCACAAUCUAUUACAUUUAUAUUCAUGAUUCUCUCCCCCACUAGACUGAAUCCUUGAGGGGGAAGACUUUUAUUCAUCUUUGUACAGUAUUCCCAAAUGUCCAGUGUGGUAGCUGGUACCCAUUAGGAACUUAGCAAUGUUAAUUGUUAUAAUGGAUGGAUGCUUGCACGCAUGCAUGAAAUCCUCAUCUUGACUUUUUGACAGCUUUUGAAUUAUUGAUUAGCCCUUUAUUCUUGAAUAUCCUUUCUCCAGUGGAUUUUGUAUCAAAUCAGAGGUCAGUUGCAGACAACAGAAACCACCACAGUAUUUUCAGCAGAGGGGGAUUUAAACACUGUUAAAAUUGUUGGAAGGACUGAAGAGCAUGCUCUAGACUGGGAUGACUCCCGGAUCACAGCAGAUAGGACCCACUAGGAGAGCUACUACCUCUCCCACUCAGGAAGAUGAGAAUUCAGGAAGCCACCCCUGGAACCACUGAACAUAUUGCCUUUGCUGAGAUCCAGAGAUCAGGAAGCCACCACAACUGAACUUUCUCCUAGAGCCACACAAGCAAAACAUGGAUUCCCAGGCCUUUGCCUCUCGUCCCUCGGGAAGCUGAUGCGGGAAUGCUGAACACUGGCCAGGAAGGGCAGAGGGAGCCAACAGUCCCAUGACCUUCUUGCCAGCAGAAGCAGCCCCAAAGUGCUAUCUACAUCUUUCAAGCCUCACUCACAUCACCCGAUUCUCAGAACCUGCAUCACAUCCAGACCCUCUGGUUGCAAGGAAACCUGGGAAAUGUAGUUUUCAGUCUUAACACUGCAGAAAGACAUCCUAGACUCAUGGUGGAUUGGAUGUUAAGACAGCCCCCAGAGAUGAAUGGAUAAAGAAGAUGUGGCACAUAUAUACAAUGGAAUAUUACUCGGCCAUAAAAAGGAACGAAACUUGAGUUAUUUGUAGUGAGGUGGAUGGACCUAGAGUCUGUCAUACAGAGUGAAGUUAAGUCAGAAAGAGAAAAACAAAUACCGUAUGCUAACACAUAUAUAUGGAAUCUAAAAAAAAGAAAGAAAGAAAAUGGUCAGAAGAACCUAGGGGCAAGACGGGAAUAAAGAUGCAGACCUACUAGAGAAUGGACUUGAGGAUACGAGGAGGGGGAAGGGUAAGCUGGGACAAAGUGAGAGAGUGGCCUGGACAUAUAUACACUACCAAACAUAAAAUAGAUAGCUAGUGGGAAGCAGCCGCAUAGCACAGGGAGAUCAGCUCGGUG